AUGGGUAGGAAGCCUAACCAGCUCAUCCUCGAGUUCUUCAAUCGAGGCCCCAAGCUCGAAGAUUCCAGCAACCGCUAUCAGCAUACCUGCAAGUCCUGCGGCGAAAAGUUUCCCAAAGGUCGUAUCGAUAGCCUCACCAACCACCUGAUCAAGAAGUGCCAGGCAAUUGGACUUCGUGAUCGUCAGCGUGUGCUUAUGCGCAUGCAUGAGAUGCCCGACCUUACGGGCGCAGGCACGGCUGCCGACGCAAACAAUCCCAAUGCGCCUGCGGGCAAGAAGGCCGAUGGUUCUUUCGGGACUCGUCCCAAUUUCGACGGUCUCAAUGUGCUCGCAGAGGCGUCUCGCCAGGUGGGUGCCUCGGAUCAUACAAAGCCAAGACCGGCCUUUACUCAGUCGGUGACAUCUGGAGGGAAGACCGUGGUUGUGGAUCCAGCGUUGGAGGCCGAAUUCACCGUGCAGUCAGACGUCAAGGCUGAAGACGACAGUGUACACACCAAUGAAAUGGUCCCCCAGGGCUUCACAUUGGAUGACGAAGGGCUGAAAGUGGGCCAGUGGAAUCAACACGAUCAGCUGGUGUACGACAGCCUUCAGAGACAUGACCCGACCCUGACUGCUGCAACUCAGGAUGCUGCUGCUCAGGAUACCGCAACCCAGGAUGCUGCGGCUUACCCCAGGCCUAUCGCCAUGAAUACUGCCAAUCAGGCCAAAGGGUUUGUCAACGACUUCGGAGAUUCUACCAAGCCUGCGAAGCCCAAAGUUCGUGGCCGCUUCUCUGCCGAGCGGCGUCUGGAGGUGCAGGAAGUCCGCAAGCGUGGUGCUUGUAUCCGUUGCCGAGUGCUGAGAAAGCCAUGUUCCAGCAAAACUCCGUGUGACACAUGUGCUAGUGUCGAGAGCGCCCGUCUCUGGAAGCAUCCAUGCAUCCGAACCCGUUUGGCCGAUGAGUUCCAACUCUACAAUACUAACCUCCAUGCUACUCUUGCCUACCAUGACACCAAUGCCAUCCAAAACCAGAUCAAGUUCGAGCCUUAUGUGGGUCGCAUUGAGGUCACUCAUUCGGAAGAUAGCAUGGUGUUCAUUGCCAUCGCCGGAUUGCAGGGCCAUCGAACAUCCGUCUCAGCGCUCGACCCGCAGCUGCAGAGUCUUGGUGAAGAACAGUUCUCAGCGCCAGCUCAAGAGAUCUAUCUCCUUGACACUGAAUCUGAUGACAUUCCAAGCAAAAUUGAGGCGUACAUCAAAAAGACCGGUCAAUUCCUGGUUGAACGCGAAGCCUCUCCUUUCAUGAAGUUCACGUUACAGUUGGCUCAUGAGCUCAGUCAGACCAAAAAGGAUAGCCUUCUCGAGCGUGUUGUGGAUCUUUGGGUCGCUACGCACAUUCUUGUGGACAAUGACCUCACUUGGAAGACCUACUGCAACCCCACCCUUCCUUCUACUUCGAUGCAUCCACUUUCUCAGGCUUCCGAUGAGGGACGACUUCCCAUCGAAGAGGUCAACGAUCCUGAAUCUUAUGCGCUGCUCUGCAGCCAGCUACGUGCCGCCACAGAGAAGCGUGCCAUGCAGCUGAGCAAGUCUGUCUUGGUUGACCUUGAACGCCGCCUUUUGCAACGUCAAAAGAAAGGCUGGUUCGAGCUUUUUCUUGCGGCCGUCAUUGUUUUGAACUGCGUAGAGCGCAUCACCUGGCUCUUCCGUUCCUGGGACAAUGAAACCUUUGCGCCUCGUUGGCCGUUUGAGCGACGUCCUCCCCACUAUUACCUCCAAUCUGAGCGUUUCACAGGAAUCUUGCACAUGCUCCUGCGCAUGCGCGUCGUGCCUCCCAAGACUGACAUGCAUCCUGACACUGCUGUUCUCAAAGCCGCCGAGGGUAGCGACGAGAAUGCUGUGCGCUGGUUUGACAUGAUUCAAGUCACACCUUAUUAUCUUUCGGAGCGCACUCACGCUGUAUUUGAUCCACAGGAUUCUCGCUCUCUUGAUCUCCAGCACAUUGCCGGCCUACUUCUUCCCCAAACCUAA